GGCACCCUUGCUCUGUAGCAUUGCUCACAGUGGAAACUUUAAACUUGUUUGAGAACAUCUGUUUUCCGUUGUGUACAUGUUUUUUUUCCUCUGUACUUCAACACGACGUGCGCAGAGAUCCUUGUCUGCACAGGUUGCUUUUCCUCCGAUAAACACUGUAUAAAUAUAAAAGUCUAAAAGUCCUAAGUCUCUUUCUGUUCACUUGUGUUUCCACCCCCCCUCGUCCAUGGAUUUAGACUUUCUUCUCAUCCAAACUGGCAAUUUUUGAAAAUGAGAGAUGGAUAUAAACCCGGAAAUGUCUACUUCGAGUGGAAACGUCCUGGAAGACGAAGAGCUCACCUUGCCCAGGGCGUCGAUAAACAAGAUGAUCAAAGAGAUCGUGCCGUCGCUUAGGGUUGCGUUCGAGUCGAGAGAGCUCAUCCUCAACUGCUGCACCGAGUUCAUCCACCUCAUCGCCUCAGAGGCCAAUGAAAUUUGCAACCAGAGCAAAAAAAAGACUAUCAAUGCAAAGCAUGUCCUACUCGCCCUUGACAGAUUGGGGUUUGAUGAUUAUCGGGUUGUGGCUGAGGACGUACUCAAGGAUUGUAAGGAGGUAGCGGCUAAGAAGAGGAGACAGAGCACCAGGCUCGAAAACCUCGGAAUACCCGAGGAAGAGUUGCUGCGUCAGCAACAGGAGCUGUUUGCAAAGGCUAGAGAGGAGCAGGCCCAAGCAGAGCAACAACAAUGGCUGCAACUUCAAGAAGCGACCAAAAUAGUGAAUAUGCAAAAGACUGCUGAUGAAAGCGAUCCCGAUGAUUAUUCUUAAUUUCACCAUUAAAAUGUUUGUGUGAUGUAAAUAAGGAUGCUGAGAUUUUUAUCAAUUAAAAAAAAAAAAAAAAAAAUAGGA